GCUGCGGCCCCCAAAGACACCCCCAAGAAGAAGAAGAAGUUCUCGUUCAAGAAGUCCUUCAAACUGAGCGGGAUCUCGUUUAGAAAGAACAAGAAAGAAGCCGGGGACUCCUCGGUGUCCUCUCCCACAGAGGACGAAGGCAAGGCAGACGCCAAGGGAGAGGAGAACCCCGCUUGCUCCACGAGUGACACGGAGCCGACGGCUCCUCCCCAGGAAGAGAAAGCGGAGGAGAAGGGAAACUGGUCUGGAUUCCCACCACCAUCACCGCAACUUGGAGUAGUUUUACCUGAAUCCUUUAAAACUGUGGAGGAAGACUAUCCUGGACAUAACUGGAAUUUACAGUUUGAUAAGAACCCAGAUUUGUACAUCAUGCUCUGGUCUCUCUGCUGGCCUCCUGACUGUUCCCACUAUCUUGCAAGCAGCCUUUGA